AAAAUGAAUAGAGAGAGAAACAGAUUCAGAGAGAGAGAGAGAGAGAUGGGAAUGGAGAGACUGCGAGAAUUGACGCCAAUUGUGAAGGAAGCACUGCAGAAUACCGCACGAGUAGCGAAUUUCUUCUGUCUUCUCCACUUCACCGGCGCAUAUAUGUGCACCGUCGCUAAACUUGUGGGUCCCAGUAUGCUUCCGACGUUCAACGACGGUAACUUAGUGUUGACGGAAAGGAUAACGACCCGUUCGGAGAAAGUCGGGUCGGGCGACGUGGUGCUCGUACGGGCGCCCGAUGACCCGAGAAAGGUUGUCGCCAAGAGGGUUAAGGGUGUUGAAGGCGACGUCGUUUCGUACCUGUUGGACCCCAAAAAAACUGAUGAACUCAACACUGUUGUCGUACCAAAGGGGCAUAUUUGGAUCGAAGGGGAUAACGCACACAACAGUCACGAUUCAAGACAAUUUGGUCCGGUCCCGUACGCACUUCUACAUUCCCGAGUUUUCUUUGUGGUAUGGCCACCUGCGGAUUUCAGAUCAGUUGGCAACAAGGUUCUUCGAUUUUAACUUGUAGGUAUACACUUGCGGAGCACUUUAUACGGCUUAAUAUGUUUCGUAAAGCAUUUCCAAGUUGACCUUUUUUCGUUUAAGCCUUUGACAAAAUUGCUUGUUGUGUGGCCGAUGAAGAUUUUACCGAGCCACCUUUGACACUGUCUUGAUGAAAAUAUGAUUAACUGAACAAGCAUCUUUUGUUGUUUCCACGCAGUUAUGACAGUUCGGCUAUCAGCAUUUAUUUACGCCUGUAGAAUUCUUACAUAUACUCGAUUGCUCGAAAUUCGGGUGAUCUCGAUAUUUUGUUGCUGUUGCUUCUAAAAUUUUGGGAUCUUUUUUUUUUUA